GCCGGGGCUUUCGCGGCCUUGGCGAUACGCGUGAUGAGGUCAAAAACAAAUGUAGCUAAUGAAAAAGGAACUUUAGCAGCUGAAGCUGUUCCUGAUAACCAAGAUACAGAAAUAUCUGGCCCACAUUCAUCAAAGCGCUCCAGGAAAAAAAGCUUUGAAUUCAGCAAGAGGGCAUCGUCCGUGGCCAUGCAGAGCGGUCCUUCCCCAGCUCAUACGAAGGGCGAGAGCCAGACGAAGUUACCCAAACCUAAAAUUGAUCUUCGAGCCCUCUUUGAUUACCACUUCACAAGAAAGCAGCACCGCUUCCGCAAACGAUGGACCCCUACGGAGAGGAAAGUGAGUAGACCUCACAAGUAUGACAGAAAAUGGCCAGAAAGGCACAGAAUUCCAGAAGAGGAGCAGAGGAGGAGAAUGAAAGACAGAGGAAUUGUAUUUCCUUUUGUGGAGAAAUACUACGGCCGGAAGCACCUUCCUUUAAAAAUGGUGCGAGAAUAUGAGCAUGCAGCUUUGAAGGGGUUUUUCAAAUACAUUGAAAUGUUGAAAUAUGAACAUCAUUUGAAGAAGUCCUUGACGCAGUUGAAUGCUGAAGGCGAUCUUGAAAAUGAAUGCUUGGAAUCACGGAGGCACAAAUACCUGGACGACGAUGGACCCAUUUCUCCCAUUGCAGAGACCAACAACGAUGAGGUUUCUGGGAAUGAAAACAUUGGUGCCAGAGUAGUGGACAACAGCUGUUUCAUAUUAAGCAGCAAGAUUCCCAAGAAAAAAAAGAAAUCAUCGAAUGCAAAAAUGUACCGUUCUGAAGAUCCAAGCUACCUUAAUAAAGCCUCUUAGAGGCAAGCAAAAUACAGGCCAGGUAUUUAGCAAAACCACUGGCUGUCCUCCAUGAUGCGCAGUAUUUCAAAUGAAGGUUCGAGGACAACUGGAUGAGGCAAAAAUUGAUCGGGGCUGAUUGUUCUUUGCAGAAGCUUUUGUGAUUUCGCUAUUCCUGAAAUGCCUCAGCUUGGAAAAUGGAUGCAUUCAACCUCUCAUAGUCUACUGUGAUGCCUUGCAUUUGCUUAAUUUCUCCUUGCUCAGAUCAAGUUCAUUGUGUUUUCUUGCCCUCCUGAAAGUUUUGACAAAGGAUCAGCUGCCACAAUGGCCCCCUUGAUGGAUUCCAUUUGGAAAUCUCUAAUCUGGGAGCAGAACAAGAAAGGUGAUGGGGAAAACUGGUGUCAUUGGGCUAAAAAGCCUACCAACCUUGAUCUCUGCAGCCGAUUGAAGCUAAAUGAAGCCAUUAUGACUCAGCUGAAUUUUUUUAAUUGAAGCCCCUCUUUAUCUUGAUGGGUGUAUGGGGUGCGCUGGAGACAAAUUCCUUGUGUGUCCAAUCGCACUUGGCCGAUAAAGAAUUCUAUUCCAUUUGCUCAGAGCUCCCCCUAGUUUAAACAUUUCUGCAAAUAGUUCUCUUUCAGAGACUUGAUCUGCAUCACGUAGCGACUCAGCUGAAUUGCUUUCUUAAUAUUUUUCAAUUGGCUGAUGGGCGUCUGAGCUUUGGCUUUAAAUAGAACAUAAACUGGACAGAAAUUCAGAAGGUGGCAUAGACUGAUGUCAUCUAGCACAUGGUGCAGUGCAAUCCAGCUUCAGCUAUGCUAAAAAACAAACAAACCCUGGUUUUCAUGCUUUGCUAUGUAAAUGGCCGUCAAUACCAUCUGGAAAAGAAAAGGUCUGCAAUUCAGCUUAUGUGGGAAGCUCCUGGAAAAUAAAGACUGGAAAACCAAUUUUGGUGGAAGAUAAAGGAAAAAUCCUGACAAAAAGUAGACUCAAGCUGCAAUUGUUUGAGCAAAUCUUUGAAGGAACCCAAAGUAUUUGCUUAUGGCUGAUGAUGGUUUUCAAGCUGCUGUGCUGAUGAUGGGGGAAAAUACGACUCAUGAUCCCAGUGUGCACAAAUAUCAACAUACCAUGGAGAAGCUGAAGGAACAAGACCACACCAGAGCAUAUAGAAAGGCUGACAACCACAUCAAGACUGCUUCCCUGAGACAAGCUGGAAAAAGGAAAGCCAAACUAAAACCACAGUAUCAAAGGUUGGAGCCCAAAAGGCUGGUUAACAUGUUCAGCUGCCCAUUAUCUACCUCACAACAUUCUUACAGAAAGGCCAAAACUAAUAGCCCAGGGGAUGCCAACCAACUAGAAACCUUUACUAGCCUUAGAAGGAGCAUUUAAAACCAGAGGAUUCCCCACAGAGGCCCAAGAAAGCACCAAACAAGAAGGUAGGAACCAAUUCAAAGCAGAAGACACAGCAGCCCUCAAAAACCUAAAAGAAGUGCCAAAUUAUCAUCAUCCUUCCAGCAGACAAAGGUUGAACCAGGGUUAUCAUGGAUACAUCAGAACAUACACAAAAAGCAAAAGAAUUAUUAGAAGGCGAACUUACCAUCUCAGUGAACACCAAUCUGAUACAAAAACUAGUCACCUGGAUCAAGAACACUCAGCAAUCUCACCAAGAAGGGGCAGAUCACCAAAAGAGACCAGUGGCGGAUGAAAAGUAGUGGACCUGUCCUCCCACACCUCUCUAGAGGCCCCAAAGUGUACAAGCCAGGAAUACCUCUCUGUUCAGUUGUAUCAUUAUCAGGAACCACAACCUACAAUAUUGCUAAAAGAUUGACUAAAAAGCUCAGAUAUCUCACAGAGGGAACCAAAUACUCCAACAACUCCUCGCUGCAGUGCCUCCAAACAAUCCAACGCGUGGUUGUAGGUGGAGACAAAAUCAUAUUCAUCAUUUGAUGUCAUGGCACUGGCCUAACCAAAUACACCAAAAUCGAAGUAACUAGAGUCAUGGACCUUAUCAACCUUUGCGUAACCACAUACCUUUGGUUCAGGGGUAGGCAACUUUGGUUCUUUUAUGACUCGUGGACUUCAACUCCCAUGCUGGCUCAGGAAUUCUGGGAGUUGAAGUCCACGAGUCAUAAAAGAGCCAAGAUUGCUUAGUUGCUUUAAUUCGACUAACAAAUAUAUCUACACAUCGAAGGAACGAACACCUGCAGGAUCAACACUUUCAGGACUAAUAGCAGAGACCAUAAUACAACGCCUCCUGGUAUUAGUAGCACUCCCGUACAUACAACCCAAAAUAUAGAUUGGGCAUGUAGAUGACGCCUUUGUCAUAAUUUAAAAGAACUAGCUGUAGAGACCACACAAGGACAUCUUCAACAACAUCUUCAAAGGAGUAAAAUUCCCUAGAAAGAAGAAAAGAACAACCUUUCUUGGAUAUUCUCAGCAGAGGUGAUGAUGGCAAAUUAGAAGCAAAUCUAUUGUAAAGCCACCCGCACCAGCCUUCAACAGACUAUUCCAACUACACGGCAUCACUGCAGCACCCAAAUCAACUAAAGCCCUCCAAAAUAGAAGUAAACUGGAAGCCCCGGAAGAAACAACAGGAGUCCUGUACAACAUAAAUUGCAAGGCCUAUAACAGCCAAUAGGCAAAAGACUAGCAGAUCAUGUUUGUAAACGCCAAUUAGCAGUUAGAAGACAUGAAAACUCCUCACCAUCAAUAAACACCCAGAUGAGCAGAGAUUAAGACCAAGAUCAAUAUUAGACCGACCAUCAAGAAGCAAACAAUAACCCAGUCAAGGAACUGCCAAACAAACUUAACAGCAAACCCUCAGGGCCACUCCUACCAACAAGGCAAGCAGUUAGAUUAUGAGAACAAACCCUAUCCCCUACUAGCACUGACGAUGUUACCUUGCUUGAUAAUGAGAUAAUCUGCAAGAAAAUGGCCAAGCUCAGAAAGCACCAAGGACUUCAUUCUUCAAUCCUGAACAAAUAUUUUCUUCCAUCGCUAUCUAUGACUGAAAUGCUGCAAGUUGGCAGCUGGUUUUUCCACGUGAGCCCACAGCACAAGUGAACUGCAGCUGCUUCAGAUGAAGAAAAAGGCACGGCUUGGUGGGAGGGACGUGACAUCAGUUGUGCUGACCCUUCUGAAGUUGUGUUCAUGAAAAGUUGUGAGCCUUUAUCGAAAUACCCCUGACAAAAUCUCAGUGGGGAUCUGCGAAGUUGGCUGAAAGUGGACUCAAGCUAAAGGUAGCUGGCGCUUGAAGAAUGCUGAGAGGAUGACCUGGAACAGAAUGGUCUCUGCCAAAUAUUUGGGCAUUAAUGCUUGAAAAAUUAUGGGAUUCACUGAGCAGCUAUUUUCUUAACAAAAGCUUGAGAUAUGUCUUUUAAGCAGCCAUACUCUUGGGUACUUCUAAUUGUUAAACAGAUGUUUAUUUGAAUAAUCUUGCUUUCUGCAACUGCAUUUGCAAUUUUGCUGUACUGUGGUUUAAUUAUAGCUUAAUUAAUAAAUGAUAUUAAGCAUUAGUCAUACAACUGAA